GCAGGCAGACAGACAGACAUGCAGACACUGACAUGCAGGCAGGUAAAGACAGGCAGGAUACACCGACCGACAGACAAACGACUUAAACCGUUCUUGCCACAAUACAGAUUGUCACACAGAAACAAUGUUGGACACCAUCGUCUAACUUUUGACUGCGUUCUUUCUUUAGCUAUAAGCGCAUAUCAGCUUUCUGUUAGAACUUGUUAAUGAUACCCAUUAAAUCUGCGAUGAUAACGUCACGCGGCACCUUCAAAUCUACGUAUUCAAGAUGAUUGAUGUUGAGGCUUGGCAAGUUUGGCAAGAUGACCUCCAACAGAACAAUAGAAGUCACCUCGCACGCCCAAACUUGUCUCACUCGUCCGCACACCUCCAGACGGGACGCACCAUGGCUGAAAGACCCAGAGGUUUCGCCUUCGAUACCGGGCGCAGGGUUCGCAGACCCUACGCAAACUUCCCGAUGAUUAUUGAGAGCCCCUGGUGGCCUCCUCUACCUCCCGUGGGGCCCGUGGAACCGCCUAUCGUGCCUCCACCUCCCGUGGGGCCCGUGGAACCGCCGCCUAUCGUGACUCCACCCCCUAAACCAACAGACCGUCCGCUGACGCUGGGGAACUUCAUCUUCCACGUGAAUGAGAAUGGACCUGCUCACCACGCGGAGGAGUUUCUGGAGAACAACGUUGUUAGGCGUGGUCAGCCGUUCUCUGUGGGACUACUUUUUGACAGGGAAGUCGACCUGGAGAAGGACAAGCUGCUGAUCGAGUUUCAGUAUGGUAAUAACCCGCUGCCGAGUAAAGACACGCUGUUACGCCUUCCUGUUGGAGACGCCCUGAAGGAAGGCGAGUGGAGCGCCGCAGUGGAGAAGGCAGACGGACAGAAUGUCAAAGUGAGUAUCACGUCACCUGCUAACGCCAUUGUCGGCAGGUAUCACGUGGUUGUUGAGACGGAGUUGGCAGGUGAGAGGUCCCGCAGCAGAAAGGUCGACAUUCGCAACGUCGUCGUCCUCUUCAACCCCUGGUGCAAAGACGACCUGACGUACCUUGAUGACAACACCAAGCUGGAGGAGUACGUGCUGAACGAGUAUGGGUGCCAGUUCUUCGGGAACUAUUACCGCAUUGGCAAACGGGGGUGGAACUUUGGACAGUUUGAACCUGGAAUCCCCGAUGUCGUUCUACUGUUGCUGGAAAAGUCGGGACUCGGUCCGCAGUCCCGGGGGAGCGCGGUGAGCGUCAGCAGAGCAAUGUCAAAAUUGGUCAAUAGUGCGGACGAAAAUGGAGUCUUGGAGGGCAACUGGUCGGGUGACUACUCCUGGGGGACCCCGCCAACUGGGUGGAACGGCAGCGUGGAUAUUCUGCGGCAGUGGGGCACGGAGCGCCGGCCGGUGCGUUACGGGCAGUGCUGGGUCUUCUCCGGUGUCCUCACUACGGUGCUCCGCUGUUUGGGAAUCCCCGCCCGAAGCAUCACCAACUUCCAGUCGGCACACGACACUGACGUGUCCAUGACCAUCGACAAUUACUUCAACAAACUCGGCUACCCCGUGGACUCAGAAGAUUCUGUCUGGUGAGAAAAAAUCGUUGUC